AUUUUUGUCAGAGAUGGAAACAUAUUUUCAUUUCGAAAUAACACAAACGUUAAAUCUGCCCAGGGUACAAACUGAAGCAAAAGGAGCAAUCUACUUGACGACUAAAAAUGGAACAUAUCCAAUAUCGUUGGCAUCCUUGAAGUCCCGUGACGACGGUACAGCGCAACACACUUCCAAGAUUUUGUCUGCGGCUUCUAAAAAUCUGUCACACGACGUGGUAGACAGACAUUCCGACUAUUGGGACAGUGGUUCUGAGGAAAUUUUAUUUUCCAAUUACGUCAACGGUAGUUAUGACGAAUUGGAUGCGACUUAUGUUUGGAAACAGAGCAAAAGGAGUAUUAAUGAUGCUGUGUCGAAAAAUAUUACACUAGUUUUGGAAAAUCUUUUAAAGAAUUACGAAAAUUCACAACUGCCGACGCAUGGGAAAGGCUAUCCAACGGUAGUGCAAACUAAUAUAUUGAUAAGAAGUAUGGGCCCAGUUUCUGAAUUGGAUAUGGAUUACUCCAUGGACUGCUAUUUCCGCCAAUAUUGGCGUGACACGCGGCUGUCGUUUCUGGGGCCUAUCCGCUCCCUGUCCCUUUCGAUUAAAAUGCUCGAAAGGAUUUGGAGACCAGACACUUAUUUCUACAACGGUAAACAUUCUUACGUGCACACAAUUACAGUGCCGAAUAAAUUACUGAGAAUCAGUCAACAUGGAGAUAUUUUGUAUUCGAUGAGGUUAACAAUCAAAGCGAAAUGUCCGAUGGAACUGCGGAACUUUCCAAUGGAUCGACAGUCGUGCCCUCUCAUUCUUGGAAGUUACGCAUACUCGAACCAACAACUAGUCUACCAGUGGCAGAACUCGCAGAGCGUCAACUUUGUGCCGGGCAUGACUCUCUCACAGUUCGACCUCAUCAGUUUUCCAUACAGAAAUUUUACAUUCACCAGGCGAGAAGGCGAUUUUUCUGUACUCCAAGUGUCGUUCAAUCUACAAAGGCACACUGGCUAUUUCCUCAUUCAAGUCUACGUGCCGUGCAUCCUCAUCGUGGUUCUCUCAUGGGUAUCUUUUUGGAUUCAUCGUGAGGCAACUUCAGACCGUGUGGGUUUAGGAAUAACAACUGUUUUGACUUUAUCUACGAUCAGUCUAGAUUCGCGCACGGACCUGCCUAAAGUGCGUUACGCGACAGCCCUAGACUGGUUUUUGCUAAUGAGUUUUUUUUAUUGUAUCGCCACACUACUCGAAUUUGCCGGUGUGCAUUAUUUUACGAAGGUGGGUUCUGGAGAGAUAGUGAUAGACGACUCCGAAUGGGAGGAACUUAUUGAAGAAGUAGGAGGCGACGCGUUUGCAGCUCGGGAGCUAGCGGUGCGGCGGAGGAGUUCCUCUCGUUCCGCUACUAAUUUUAACUUUGCAGUACCCACGCAAGGCUCCAACACGAGUAACGAGGACGGCGCGGGUCCAGCGGCCCAGCCCGAAGCAGUGGCGGUCCGGCUCACCAUGGAGCGCACCACGCAGACAGAAACCCGCGUGCCGCGCUGGAGGCAGCUGCUGUACUGCCUCGCGGGAGACGACCGAUACCGGCGGCAGAGACAGCGCGAAGCAGGGAGCCGUGGCCACAUCAACAGCGUGUCGCACAUUGACAGGGCUGCCCGCGUCUUGUUCCCCGCCACCUUUGCUCUGCUCAACCUGUUUUACUGGAUGAUUUACGCAUUUUCCAGCGAUGAUUUUGCUUGGAGUGACAACCCUAUUAACACUUUAUCUCAUUAAAUAUAAUGUAUCAAGACUCGUCGUUUAGAUUUUAUUGAAUGCCUCUUCAAUUUGACACUUAAAUUAUGGAAAACUUUAUGUGCUAGCACGUAGAUACACAUGUAUUAAUUGUUAUUUAUCGUUAUUCUUGAUUAUAAGUACUUAAUUAUUAUAUCUCAUGAUGUGGUGUAUAUUAUUAUUUUAAUUAAUAUUCAAUAUAGCCUUAAAAGUUGUUUUUAUGUAUGGGAAAAUGUCCAACAUAAGCAAAUUAGAAAUUACAAUUAUUGCACCACUUUAUUUUCAAUAAUUUUCUAUUUUCAAUAAACAACCUCAAACGCUUUUUUGAUCUAUCGCGUAAAUGGACCAAUCAGAACAGAGUUUUUUUGACAUACUUA